AUGACGAAGAAAGUACAUCUUCCAAGCCGAGGCGGCAUUUUGCCUGCAAUUCGUUCCGCCUCUCGCUCCGAAUCGAAGGCGAUCAAGGUCGAGGGAUGCCAAGUCAUCAGCAAAAUCGUAGCCACCGAAACACCAGGCGUCGUGGCUACCUACACCCGUAGACCGUGGAAAGGAGAAACGGAGAAGUGCAACCUGUUCCGCGAAGGCAUCAUGGAGGCACCAGCAGAGUGGUCCCGGCGACGAAGCAACGACGACGAGGAGACCACAAGAGAGAGGAAGAUGGAACUCAUGUUCACUCGAACGAGGAACCCUCUACCAUAUGGAUCAGUCGCCCUGAUGUGUGCUCCGUCCGACCGCACAAGUAGCUUUGCGAAGGAUGGCAUGUUUUCGGAAGGCGAUGGUAUGGUGUGGAUUCACGACUUCUUUAGACACGUACGGGGCGUAGAGUAUGACGUGCCUAAUGUUCUUCCAGUCGACGAAAACAGAGCGGUCCCGCUCACCUCGCUAGCAGGGCUAGGCCAGGGAAUAGAGGGGUACAUGGAGGAAGUGUCCAGAGCCUCUAGGACAAGUUUGACCACAAGAUAUCGAAUGCGUCGUGACGUUGUAGAUAGUGCUCGGUCCAACCUGGUGUUCAUGUCAAAGCGCCCACAAGAUGCUUUCGUUGAUUGCCGGCCCGCAAAAAUGCGAAAAAUUGAUCGUAGGCGGGCCCACGUCCAGCCUAGCCUUUUUGAAGCGUGCAAUAGUGGAGAAAGGGUGCAAAGCUCCACCACAGGGGAGGGAUACAGCGUGGAAAGGUUUGAGAGUGAUUCAGGCAAAGGUUGUCGACGUCCCCCGACGAACGACGCCAUCGCUUUGAGCUGCAGUGGACUGGAGAUUCACGUGUUCUGA